AUUAAAGACGAAUUUGUUAGGAUUUGUUAAGAUUACGAAUCCAUGUUGAUUCCUAUUUAUAAGACGGAGGGAGUACUUGAUAUACAAAUUUUGUAAAUGUCGAAGAUGAAGUCACACCCCUUCGUCUCGUUGGGCCAAACUAUAUAAAGAGAAAGAGAUUUGAUAGGUCUCUAUCUUACAUAUCCCAAUCUCAAUCAGAUAGAGACUAGCACUUCGUCCUCUUCUCAAUAAGAAUCACUAACACUCGUCGUCUCCGUUGCAACAAAAAAAAAAGAACAAAAAUUCACAGGGAGAUAAUUUCUUGAUAGGGACAGAGAAAGAGAACGACUAAACUAGCCGCUACUUGGAGGACAUGUUAAAAAACACAUAUGGCUAAAUCGAAAUCAUCUUCAGACACAGAGGGUGCUAUUAGUGAUGAUGACGGACACGAAGAGGUUUUUCUAGAUGAAUCCGACAUCAUUGAUGAGAUCCUACUAGAUGAUGAAGAUCUGCCUGAUGUUGAUGAUGAUGAAUAUGAUGGUGAAGAAGUUGUCUCUGAAGAUAUGUCGUUGUCUGAACCAGAUGAUGCUAUUCAUGUAUUCACACAUCACAAAAAAUCACUUUAUGCUGUUGCCUGCAGCCCAAAAGAUGCGGCAUUAGUGGCAAGCGGGGGUGGAGACAAUUUGGCUUGUCUUUGGAGGAUUGGUUGUGAAAAAAGGAUAGAUGAGCUUGUAGGUCAUGAGGAAAGCAUUUCUAGUUUAGCCUUCAGCACGGAUGGCCAGUUGCUUGCAUCUGGAGGGCUUGAUGGGUGUGUCAAGAUAUGGAACAUUUCAGGCAAUCUCAAAUGCACAUUGGAAGGCCACGAUAAAGACACGGAGUUUGAGUGGGUAAGAUGGCACUCAAGUGCUCAUCUAGUCUUGGCUGGGUGUACUGAUGCAACUGUAUGGCUGUGGAAUGCUGAUAGAGAUGCCUGUCUUAAUGUUCUCUGUGGUCAUAGUCAGUCUGUGACUUGUGGUGAUUUUACACCUGACGGAAAAUCUAUUUGUACCGGCUCUUUGGAUGCCACCUUGAGAAUAUGGAAUCCUAGAAGUGGUCAGAGUACUGUUGCUAAAGGCUAUAUGCAUGCUUCUGCAUUGAGCUGCUUGGCAUAUACCUCGGAUUCAACUCUUGCUCUAACAGGAGCAGAAAAUGGUUUUGUCAGUGUAGUGAACAUAGCAAAAGGAAAGGUUACCAGCUCAGUAUCAUCUCACUCAAGUUCAGUUCAAUGUAUUGGGAUUUCAUCAAGCAUGCCUUGGGUAGCAACUGGAGGUGCAGAUGAAAAGCUUGUUAUUUGGGAUCUGCAACAUUCAGCAUGUCGCAGCGUUUAUGAGUACCAGGAUGACGUAAGUUGCUUGAAAUGGCUUGGUGAAUCCAGAUAUGUUGCGUCAGCAUGUGGCGAUGGGCAGAUAAUCAUUUGGGAUACUCGAUCAGAAGACCAUGUAAGGACCUUCAAGGGUCACUCAGAAAGAAUCCACGAACUUGCUGUGUCUGCUGAUAACAACUUUCUUGUUUCAGCUUCAGAGGAUGGUACUGCUCGUGUGUUUGACAUAUCAGACUUCAGAUGACAAUCACAAUAAAAAAAAUGUUUAUAGGAUGACAAUCUAAUAUUAUUUGUUGAGGGUAAUACUGUAUCACUAAUUAUUUUUCUCUUAUUCUCUUAUAGGAUGCCCUGUUGUCCAGUUACUGACCCUUAUCACCUUAUGUGGUAAAAUAAUGUCUGCUUUAACUAUUUGAUUGUGCAUGAAAGAUGAUAGAACACAAUUAUUCAUGGUAUUAUAACUAUUGCAAGGGUAAUUGAGGGCCUUCUCUCUUUUUUAUUGUU